GAUUCGAUCUUUUAUCAGAUUUUUCUCCUCAUCUUGACAAUUUUCUUUUGCCAUAUAUCGUCAAGUUUAUCUCCAUUUUUCUUGCUUUUUUCUUGAUUAGUUUUAUACGAAUGUGUUGUUUAAGAUAAUUUUUUUGUAAACUUAAGUGUUUAAUAUGAUAAAAACCUGACCUUGUGGAUUUAACUAUUCCAGAUAUGGAUCCGAACAAGAGUACUCAUCUUCAAAUGGCUCGGAGUGGCAACGGUUCUAGAGGACAAAAGAUCGAUCUGCUUACAAACCACUUUGGUGUCAACUUCACCACACCAAAGAGUCAACAUUUCUUCCAAUACAGUGUUGCUAUCACAUAUGAAGAUGGGAAUCCAGUUGAAGCCAAGGGUAUUGGCAGAAAGAUUCUUGCAAAAGUUCAAGAAACUUAUCAAACCGAUUUGGGUUUCAAACACUUUGCUUAUGAUGGCGACAAGACUCUUUUCACCGUUGGUCCUCUUCCCAACACCAAACUAGACUUCUUUGUCGUUCUUGAAGACAUGUCUUGUACCAGAAGCAACGCCAGUACCAGUGACGCCCACACGAAAAGAUUAAGACGCCCUAAUCAGUCCAAAAGGUUCAACGUUACAAUCAGCUUUGCUGCAAAAAUCUCAAUGCAAGCUAUCCAAGGUGCUCUUCAAGGAAAGGAAACAGAUGAUCUUCAAGAUGCUGUAAGAGUGUUGGAUGUUAUCUUGCGCCAGAAUGCAGCUACAAAAGGUUGUCUUCUUGUUCGGCAAUCUUUCUUCCACAAUGACGCAAAGUACUUUUCAAAUGGCCUUGGAGGUUUUAAUCUAUGCAGAGGAUUCCAUUCAAGCUUCAGAGCUACUCAGAGAGGCUUAUCCCUCAACAUUGAUGUUUCUUCUACGUUGAUAGUAACACCUGGUCCUGUUAUGAGGUUCCUUACUGACAAUCAAGGAGUGAGAGAUCAAUCCUUUAUCGACUGGAAAAAGGCUGAACGUACUCUCAAGAAUCUUAGAGUUAAAGUCUCCCACUCAAACCGAGAAUACAAGAUAACCGGACUAACUAGGCUUCCCUGUAGAGACCAAACGUUUAUUUGGAAGCAAAAGCAAGGAAACGGGGAAGUUAAGGAGAUUGAGGUUACAGUGUAUGAUUACUUCACUAAACAUCUUAAAAUUGCACUGCGUUAUUCAGGUGACUUGCGUUGCAUCAGUGUCGGUAAACCAAAACGUCCUAAUUACAUUCCCAUUGAGCUAUGUGAUCUUGUUUCUCUUCAACGCUAUACGAAAGCUCUUACAACUUUCCAGAGGAGUAAAAUAGUCAAAGAAUCAGUACAGAAACCACAAGAAAAGAUGAAAAUGUUAAACAACGCUAUUAAGGACAGUGGUUAUAAUAGUGACCCUAUGUUACAAGAAUGUGGUGUCAGAAUUGGCUCUGACUUCACUCAAGUGGAAGGCCGCGUCUUACCUACACCUAAUCUGAAAGCGAGCAAUGGAGUGGAUCUAUUCCCUACAAAUGGGCGUUGGAAUUUCAAUAAUAAGAAAUUUGCUGAGGCCGCCACAGUCGCUAAAUGGGCUGUUGUGAACUUUUCUGCCAAGUGUAAUCCACGGAGGAUUGUUGAUGAUUUAAUCAGAUGUGGAAGGAUGAAAGGAAUGAACAUAGAAGUUCCAAUGCAUGACGUCUUUGAAGAAAAUGAUCAGUUUAAGUCUGCACCUGGUUCUGUAAGAGUGGAGAAAAUGUUUGCAUAUAUGGAAUCAAAAAUCAAAGAACCUCCAAAGUUCCUUCUCUGUAUUCUCUCAGAAAAAAACUCUGAUGUUUAUGGUCCUUGGAAAAAGAAAACUCUUUUUGGAUAUAAUGGAAUCGUGAAUCAGUGUAUUGCCCCUCCAAAAACCGUGAAUGAUCAAUAUCUAACUAAUGUACUCCUCAAAAUAAAUGCCAAGCUUGGUGGCUUGAAUUCAAUGUUAGCUAUUGAGCGGACACGAGGAAAAUCUUCUGUAAUGGCAGUCCCUACCAUCAUUAUUGGGAUGGAUGUGUCUCAUGGUUCCCCUGGACAGUCUGAUGUACCAUCCAUAGCCGCGGUUGUGAGCUCGAGAGAAUGGCCACUGAUGUCAAAAUACAGGGCUUUUGUGCGUACACAGCCACGUAAAGUCGAAAUGAUUGAUAAUCUCUUCAACCCCGUCUCUGAUAAAGAUGACGACGGUAUUAUGAGGGAGCUCUUGCUUGACUUUGAGUCAAGUUGUAAAGUGAAACCCAAGAACAUUAUCAUUUUCAGGGAUGGUGUGAGUGAAUCUCAGUUUAAGCAAGUUCUUAAUAUUGAACUGGAUCAGAUGAAGAAAGCGUGCAAGUUCCUUGAUGAGCAGUGGGAUCCCAAGUUUACAGUGAUCAUUGCUCAGAAAAGGCACCAAACCAGGUUCUUUCAGGGCAGAAGCCGUGAUAAAAAUGUUCCUCCAGGAACAAUAGUUGACAGCAGGAUCUGCAGCCCCAGCAACAAUGAUUUUUAUCUUUGUGCUCAUGCUGGAAUACUUGGAACUACAAGGCCAACACAUUACCAUGUGCUCUAUGAUGAGAUUGGGUUUUCGACGAAUGACCUCCAAGAACUUGUUCAUUCUCUAUCCUAUGUCUACCAGCGGAGCACAACUGCCAUCUCUAUAGUUGCACCUGUAAUGUAUGCUCAUUUGGCAGCAGCACAGUUGGCAACUGCGAUGAAGUUUGAGGACAACUCCGAGUCUUCAUCGAGCCGUGGUGGGAUCACAUCUGGUGGAGCAGUACCUGUCCCUCUCAUGCCGAAGCUGAAGAAGAAUGUUGCUACCUCAAUGUUCUUCUGUUGAAACAUAACUAUUUGACUCUUCUUUUUAUGGUUUGAUCAAAAAAAAAAAAACUAUUCGACUCUAGACUUUUUUCUGCCUAAGAAACAGAACUAAAUCGGUGUUAUGAUUUUCAUUUUUACACUGUUUAGCAUCUUGACUCUGCCUUUGUUGGCGCUGGUUAA